AUGCAGCAAGAGAAGAUCGCGGACUUCCUGCAAGAGCAGCGAGAUCAGGCGCCUGAUGACUUGCAACACUAUUUCUUGAGCUUCGAGGACUUCUGGGAGCGCAAGCUAUGGCACGAGCUCACCGACAUCCUCGUGGUAUACUACGCAGAAGAGCAGAGCGCCAAGCAGCGGAUACCCAUCUACAACAACUUCAUCAAGACCUUCGCCGACAAGAUCAAUCAGCUCAAGCUUGUGCGGAUAGGGUUGAGCACAUCGAAAGAGUGCAAAGGUAAGGGAAAGAGAACACUCUGGCAGAUUGGCUGAGGCACGUGCUCACCCGUAUGGCAGACGACCAGGAACGCCUCUCCUUCCUCUCAGCGCUUGCCAUGCGAGUCGACAAGCCAGACUCGCAAGACGCAUACGUCUACUCCCUCAGCGCUGUCGCCGAUACCCGACUUAACCUUCAGCAGACUUCCGAAGCGCGCAAAGAUCUGGACAAGUGCGAGUCGAUCCUUGACACCUUCGAUUCCGUCGAGACAGAUGUCCAUGCCAACUUCUAUAUGGUCAGCGCGCGAUAUUAUCAAUCCCAGCACGAGUUCGCCAAAUACUACCGAACCGCCCUCCUCUACCUCGCCUGCGUCCAGCUGGACGAUCUCUCUGAGCAGCAACGCCAGCACAUUGCGUACGAUCUUUCGCUUGCCGCUCUUGUCAGCGACACCAUCUACAACUUUGGAGAGCUUCUCCUCCAUCCCAUCCUCGAAAGCUUGCAAAAGACGCAGCAUGCGUGGUUGAGCGAGCUGCUUUUCGCGUUCAACCGCGGCGACCUACACGCAUACAACAUCCUUCAGCAGCAUCUGGAGGCCAAUAGCUUGUUGCAGCAGCACCAGCAAUUCCUCUACCAGAAGAUCUCGCUUUCGGCACUCACGCAAUUAGUGUUCUCGCGGGCACCACAAGAUCGCAGCAUGACUUUCCAGACUAUCAGCCAGGAGACGAAGGUGCAGCUCGAUGAGAUCGAGCAUCUCAUCAUGAAGGCACUAAGCUUGGGUCUUCUGCGUGGCAGCAUCGAUCAGGUGGCAGAAGUCGCGCGGAUAACCUGGGUGCAGCCCAAGGUACUGGACAGGGAUGGGAUCGAGGGAAUGCGCACCAGACUGCGCGAGUGGGACGGCGGCGUCGAGAGAUUGGGCAACUGGAUCGAGGGCGUCGGUCAGGAUGUGUGGGCAUCAUAA